GUCACGUCGCAGUUGUCUCGGCACAGCGGAUGUGUGUCGCCGCUUAGGUGACGCUGGGAAGCGCUUGCAGCCUUUGCCGCUGCCUUUUGGUUGAAGCACUAUGGAGGGAGAGAGGAAGAACGACAACAAACGGUGGUAUUUUUCUCGAGAGCAGCUGGAAAAUAGCCCAUCCCGUCGUUUUGGCCUGGACUCAGAUAAAGAACUUUCUUAUCGCCAGCAAGCAGCCAAUCUACUCCAGGAGAUGGGACAACGUCUUUUCGUUUCACAAUUGACUAUCAAUACAGCUAUAGUAUAUAUGCAUCGAUUCUACAUGAUCCAGUCUUUUACACAGUUUCCUGGAGAUUCUGUGGCUCCAGCAGCCUUGUUUCUAGCAGCAAAAGUGGAGGAACAGCCCAAAAAAUUGGAGCAUGUUAUCAAGGUAGCUCAUGCUUGUCUCCAUCCCCAGGAAUCACUUCCUGAUACUAGGAGUGAGGCUUACUUGCAGCAAGUUCAAGAUCUAGUGAUUUUGGAAAGCAUAAUUUUGCAGACUUUAGGCUUUGAACUAACAAUCGAUCACCCACAUACACAUGUGGUAAAGUGCACCCAACUAGUUCGAGCAAGCAAGGAUUUAGCACAGACAUCUUACUUCAUGGCAACAAACAGCCUGCAUUUGACCACAUUUAGCCUGCAGUACACACCUCCUGUAGUGGCCUGUGUCUGCAUCCAUCUGGCUUGCAAGUGGUCCAACUGGGAGAUCCCAGUCUCAACUGACGGGAAGCACUGGUGGGAAUAUGUUGACGCCACAGUGACCUUGGAACUUUUAGAUGAAUUGACACAUGAAUUUCUACAAAUUCUGGAGAAAACUCCAAGCAGGCUCAAACGCAUUCGGAACUGGAGGCCAUGCCAAGCUGCUCAGAAAACAAAAGUAGAUGGCCGAGGAGCAGAUACAAACACUUCAGAGCAGACAAUCCUCAACAUGAUUUCCCAGAGCUCUUCAGAUACAACUAUUGCAGGUUUAAUGAGCAUGUCAACAACUUCUACCACAAAUGCAGUGCCUUCUCAUCCAGCUUCUGAGGAAUCAUCAAGCAACUUACCUGGAAUGGAGAUGUUGCAGGGAGAGCGUUGGCUGUCUUCUCAACCUCCUUUUAAACUAGAAUCUUCUCAGGGUCAUCGGACUAGUGAGAAUUUAUCACUUGUAGGAGCUGAUCAUUCCUUGCAAAAGGAUGGUGCAAAUGCAUUUAUUUCCCAGAAAUCGAGUAAUAAGAGUGUGCCGUCAGCUAAAGUGUCACUGAAAGAAUACCGGGCAAAGCAUGCAGAAGAGUUGGCAGCCCAAAAGCGGCAGCUAGAGAACAUGGAGGCUAAUGUGAAGUCACAGUAUGCAUAUGCUGCCCAGAAUCUCCUGUCGCAUCAUGACAGCCAUUCUUCAGUAAUUCUGAAAAUGCCCAUAGAGGGCUCAGAAAACCCUGAACGUCCUUUUCUGGAAAAGUCUGACAAAACAGCUCUCAAAAUGAGACUCCCAGUGGCUGGUGGUGAUAAAACUGGCUCGUCAAAACUAGAGGAGAUAAAGAUGCGCAUUAAAGUCCAUGGUACAGCCGAUAAUAAGCACAAUUCCUUAGAGGACAGUGUCUCCAAGAGCCGUGAGCACAAAGAAAAGCACAAGAUUCAUCCAUCUAACCAUCAUCAUCAUCAUCAUAAUCAUCAUUCACACAAACACUCUCACUCACAGCUGCCAGUUGGUGCUGGGAACAAACGUCCAGGUGAUCAAAAACAUGCCAGUCAGGCAAACACCUUAGCACAUAAAACCUAUAGCUUAUCGAGUUCUUUUUCCUCUUCGAGCUCUACUCGUAAAAGGGGCCCUCCUGAAGAAACUGGAGGGGCAGUAUUUGAUCAUCCAGCCAAGAUUGCCAAGAGCACUAAACCCUCUUCCUUAAAUUUCCCUUUCCCUCCUCUUCCUUCAAUGGCCCAGAUGCCUGGGCAUAGCUCAGACACAAGUGGCCUUUCAUUUUCACAGCCCAGCUGUAAAACUCGAGUUCCUCAUAUGAAACUGGAUAAAGGAGCUAGUGGGGCUAAUGGACACAGCGCAACCCAAGCAAUAGACUAUCAAGAUACUGUGAAUAUGCUUCACUCCCUGCUGAGUGCCCAAGGGGUUCAGCCCACUCAGCCCCCUGCAUUUGAAUUUGUCCAUUCGUAUGGGGAAUAUCUGAAUCCACGCGCUGGUGGAAUCUCCAGAUCUGGCAAUACAGACAAACCUCGGCCACCACCUCUUCCAUCAGAACCUCCUCCACCACUUCCACCCCUUCCUAAGUGAAAAAAAAAGAGGCGGGGGGGAAAGAAACCUGUUUUUAAAAAAACACAUGUUUUUUUUUUUUUAUUGACUACUGAUACUGGAUUAAGAAAAUUACUUACCUUAUGAAAUAUGUCACCCUUCUUGGACUAUGGAAUAAAUUGAUAUUAACACAUAGAUGGGAGGGUGGUGGAGGGCCUCAGUUAUACCUGCUGCCUCUUACAUUCAACUAUUUUAUUAUAGUUUUUACUGGUAUUAAAGAGGUGGGAAUGUGUUGAAGCUGUGAAGGAUUCAGAACACUUUCUGUAUUGGCCUCUCCACCUUUUGAUUAGUUUGAUUGGAAUAGUAAAUCUUCCCUCUUCUUGCUGGAACUGAAAUAUGGAGGGUUUUCUCAAACAAUUGUGGGAUUCUUUUGAUGUUUAAUAUAUCAGAAGAGAGGAAGUAUUUAAACGUCAAAAUCUUUUAAGAGACUUUAAAAAUAAUUUAAAGAAAGUAAGUUAUCUGUUUAGUUUUUUUAUAUAAUCGGGAAGGGGGGUGGGGAUUUUGCUAUGUGUAUGAGAUGCAUAG